AUUAGGCCGAACCUUCCCACCUCCAUACGACUCCCUCCCCACUUGCCCUGCCCAUCCACAAAUAGUCUCAUCUUCAAGUUAAACCCAAAAUUAAUUACACCACUAAUGAUGAAUUACUGUUUUUACUGUUUGCCCAUGAAUGAUGAAUCAACCCACAGCUUGAUUCUUGAUUCUUGAAGUAAUAUAUUUGGGGGUGGAUGUCUUACUGAUUUUGCGGAGUGGUAAGAAAAACACCACACUCUCAUUUGUCGUGUUCUUGGUGGGGAUAAGAAGUUAAUUAAAGAAAAAGUCUCGGCCUUUACUUCUUCUCGGGAGAAGAGGAGGGAAGGAAAGGGGAGAGAAGAGAAUCCUUUUCAGUGGAUAAAGCUGGGGAAGAUUGGGGUUAAAGAAAAGUGCAAAUUCGGUUAGUUUUCAUGAAAAUAAAAAUCCCCAAAUAACUGAAAAGGGGAGGGAGUUCGAGAACAGAAGAUCGCCCAGGAUCCAAUUGCCGCCGGAAAGGAGUGACGGCGGCGGAGAAUGGCAACGCCGGUGGAGCCGCCGAACGGAGUUUGGGCGCCGGGGAAGCAUUACUACCGAAUCUGGCAGACGGUAUUCGAAGUGGACACGAAGUAUAUUCCGAUCAAGCCGAUCGGGAAAGGGGCGUACGGCGUCGUUUGCUCGUCGGUGAACCGGGAGACGAACGAGAGGGUGGCGAUCAAGAAGAUCUGUGACGUGUUUGGGAACAGAGUUGAUGCGCUGAGGACUCUGAGGGAGUUGCAGCUUUUACGUCACGUUAGGCAUGAGAAUGUGAUUGCUCUCAAGGACGUGAUGAUGCCGGCGACGGCGCCGGGCUUCGGCGGCGGCGGGUUUAAGGAUGUGUAUUUGGUUUAUGAAUUAAUGGAUACUGAUUUACAUCACAUCAUCAAGUCCUCCCAGCCACUCUCCAAUGAUCAUUCCAAGUAUUUCCUUUUCCAGCUACUACGAGGGUUGAAAUAUCUCCACUCAGCAAACAU